AUGCCGUCAGAUCGCUACUACGGAUACGAGGACCUCGCCCUCCUGUGCGAGCAUGUCAUCUCGUCCCUCUUCAGCGUCGCGCACCACCAGCAGCCCCCCGCGCCUGCACCUGCACCCUCCAAGAUCCCCAAGGAGCAGGCAGCACCCAACCUCGGCGAGUUCAUCGCCUACGCACUGUACCGCACCCGCCUGCCGACCUCGAUCACGCACCAGGCGCUCCUCCUCCUCAGCCGACUCAAGCAGCGCUACCCUUCGGCUCGCGGCACCUCGACCUCGCCCCACCGCCUCUUCCUCUCGAGCUUGAUGCUCAGCAGCAAGAUCUCGAUGGACGACACCUACUCGAACAAGAGCUGGCAGAUUGUCGGUCAGGGUCUGUUUGAGCUCCGCGAGGUCAACCAGAUGGAGCGCGAGCUCUUUGCUUUCCUUGGCUGGAACGUGGUUGUCAGGUCCGAGGAGUUGGACGACUGGGUGCAGGAGGUCGUCGCGCCGUACGAGGCCGAGAAGGAGCUCGCUCUCUCGCUCGCCAAGGCCGCGCAGCAGCAACAAUCACGACGAACGAUGGAGGACCGCAAGCGCCGGCGCGACUUGGACUUGCAGAUCCCCACCCCUUCCUCGUCGACUUCGCGCUCGCCCUCGCCCAACACGCUCCGCCACCGUCGCGCGUCCGAUGCUGCGAUCGCCCUCCUCCGCGGCAACCCCGCCGCCAUGACCUCUGCCUCGUCUUCCUCCUCGUCGUCGAUCUACGACGCCACCUCUUCGCCCGCCUCGUCCUCGCGCUCGUCCCGACGAAGAAGCCGCGCCGAAUACCGCACCGCAUCGCCCUACUCUCGCUCGUCCUCCCGCGCACCAUCAACAGUCUGUUCCUCCUACGCCACCUCUCCAGCGCUGAGUCACGGCGGACACGGGAUCAACACGCCCGUCUCGCCGUGCACGCCUGCUGGUCCGCUCACGCCCGAACAGCAGCCCGCCAAGUCGAUCAUGUGGCCCCCGCAGCAGACGAGCGCAGAGACGGUCGCGAAACUGGCGGCGUAUGCGGCGCUCAAUGCCCGACCGGGGGGCGAACCGACCGUCGUCGACUCGACGUCGGGCGUCGUCGCGCCGGACGCUAUCGAGGCUGUCCCGCCUUCCGCACCCGUGUGGUGA